GAAUCUAAGUACAAAAUGUUAUUUUGGUGUAAUAUUAUAUGUUAUAACUCAUAUGUUAGAUGAGAUUUGAUAUAAUUUAUCAUGAUAAGUACAAUAUAAUGACGCUUUCCAUAUUUCCAGACUAAACCGAAUUAAAACGGGUGAUCCAUUAACCCUUGACCCACUAGCUCAACCGGGUCCGGGUCAACCCACGGGCUCAAUAGUAUACUAUCAAAAAGAAAAUUGGUUUCCCGCCCCAUUCCCUCCAACGUGUUCCCGCCCAAACCAAAAAAAAGGGAGGCAACGGGGACAGUGAAAGCUCUUGCUGGAGUUGAAGAAAACCGCACUAUAGCGGAGAAGUCAGAAGAGGAGAGUCAAAACUUCAAAGCGCAGAGAAAAUGGCUGACGCAGCUCCAACAGGCUGCUACAAGUGUGGCCGCCCCGGCCAUUGGUCCCGUGACUGCCCCGAUUCCCAGUCGAACCCUAACCCUAAUCCCCCAACUUCUGGUUCAAAUCCCAGCAACAAUUCUUUCACCAGAUCCUUUCCCCCGAAGUUCGGCAACAACGGCAAACCACCUCUCGCGCCGAAGCCAAAGAAGGUCCCCAGAACCAGGCCGAAGCUCACUCCCGACCUUCUUCUAUCCGACGAUGGCUUCGGCUUCAUCCUCCGCUACUUCCCCAAAAACUUCAAGUACCGUGGCCGCGGGCGCGAGGUUAGCGAUUUGGGGCACUUGCUUAGUUUGUACAGUGAGUGGCAUGAGCGUCUCCUCCCGUACUAUUCAUUCGAUCAGUUCAUACAGAGGGUGGAACGAGUGGCUGCUUCAAGGCGUGUCAAGACAUGUAUUUCAGCUAUAAGAGAUAAAGUUGCCCGUGGGGGGGAUCCAACAAAGUUGCAUGAAUCGCCGGCCGAGAAUGAUAAUCUAGAUGAACAAGAUCUUUCAACUCCUGCUGAAGGCAUGAAUUCUGAGGGGUUUCAUUGUGAGGCACAACCAUCUUCGGGCAACCAUGGGGCUGAAGCUGUGGAAGAAGACCUAUUUCAAGACAUUUACGAAAGAGCUACUGAUCCUCCAUCUCGCACCACAGGAUCGGGGAGUGGGCCCCAAGUAAAUGAUAACAAUGGAUCCAGCAGCAGGAAUGAAGCUGCUGAGAUCACAGAAGAACAGAGAGCUCGUAUUGAAGCAAACAGGUUGAAGGCACUUGAAAAAGCUGCCGCUCGCAGACGAUUGCAGCAGCAGUCUGCCUCAUGACCGGUGAACCAGACCACCACCCUUUCCAUUGUCCUGGACCCUACUUUAGCAAGCCGUUCGAUCAAAAGAACGCUGCAAAAUCUCUAUGUUCUUGUAUUUAUUUAUUUUUUUAUGAAUUUGGGACUAAUAUCAAUAUGAUGUAGAAGAUUGCUAUCACUGAAGAUUAGAGAAGGAGACAGUUUGGUUAGUUUCAGUUGUAUUUGAAAGAAGGAAGAGGGGGGGAGUUCAUGUCCUUAUGUUGGCCACAUCAGCGUAUUUCAAGUAGGGCAUCAUAUAAGCUACGCUGUUCAUGAGCGGAGUGAUAUUUGAUUUGAGAAAAAGUUCGUUAGGUGUUUGAUUCGAUUGCUAAUGAUUCGAACUUGAGCUAAGUCUUUUUGAAUUCGUGAGACUUGUUACUUGUGAGUCACCUCAAUUCGGUGUUUCGUUGAGUUUAACUCAUUAGCUUAUUAGUUUUGAGCUCAUGAGAUGUCUCAAUAUUGUAAUGAUUGAGUCAAUUAGACAACCUAUUUAUUAAUGAAUAGAUGAGUGGGCU